AUGAAUCGCAAAAACUUUUGGGAAACUGGCCGUCGGGCGUUCCAUUGCACAAAUUGUAUAUGUCCAGCCGAAGCUGGACAAGAUACCGCACUGCCUCAAGGAAAUUCCGCACCUCCCCCAGCAUCGAACACACCUUCAUCUCUCGAAGCCGAUGCUAGCCAUUUGUCUGGUGAGACACCAAACUCCUUCUUACAACCAACGUCUAAACGAGCCAGGCAUGCCGCAUCUUCAACCUUCCGAUCAGCAAACCACUCGACGCAAUCAGUUCCAGCAAACUAUUCGACGCACCCCGGUGCUUUCGGGACCCGCUGCUCAUCCAGCGCCGCAACUGUCACCACCCUACCUGGAUUACCGACGUCGAACCUAGUCGCGCCCUCCGCAUCUUUAACCUUCCGUGCAGGUAAUUCUCGUUCGGGUAUAUGUCCGGCCGAAGCCUCAGGUGCUGCCGCCCCCUCAUUCGGUUUCCAAAACGUUCCAGCAAACUAUUCGACGCAACCCGGUGCUUUCGGGACCCGCUGCUCAUCCAGCGCCGCAACUAUCACCACCCUACCUGGAUUACCGACGCCGAACCUAGUCGCGCCCUCCGCACCUUUAACCUUCCGUGCAGCAAACUAUUCGACGCAACCCGGUGCUUUCGGGACCCGCUGCUCAUCCAGCGCCGCAACUGUCACUACCCUACCUGGAUUACCGACGCCGAACCUAGUCGCGCCCUCCGCAUCUUUAACCUUCCGUGCAGGUAAUGCUCGUUCGGGUAUAUGUCCGGCCGAAGCCGCAGGUGCUGCCGCCCCCUCAUUCGGUUUCCAAAACGUUCCAGCAAACUAUUCGACGCAACCCGGUGCUUUCGGGACCCGCUGCUCAUCCAGCGCCGCAACUAUCACCACCCUACCUGGAUUACCGACGCCGAACAUAGUCGCGCCCUCCGCACCUUUAACCUUCCGUGCAGGUAAUUCUCGUUCGGGUAUAUGUCCGGCCGAAGCCGCAGGUGCUGCCGCCCCCUCAUUCGGUUUCCAAAACGUUCCAGCAAACUAUUCGACGCAACCCGGUGCUUUCGGGACCCGCUGCUCAUCCAGCGCCGCAACUGUCACUACCCUACCUGGAUUACCGACGCCGAACCUAGUCGCGCCCUCCGCACCUUUAACCUUCCGUGCAGGUAAUGCUCGUUCGGGUAUAUGUCCGGCCGAAGCCUCAGGUGCUGCCGCCCCCUCAUUUGGAUUCCCAACCGUUCCAGUUUUUCGUUUCGGAUCCACUACCAACCGGCAAUCUGGCAGCUCUCGAUCAGCGUCUGGACAACCACAAGCUCACAAUGCCUUCCAAACAUCACAAUCAACAUUGGCUGGGUUCCAUCUUCCCGCAGCCAACAGUAGUACGGCAUUUUCGCUUGCUGCCAACACUAGAGUGCAACCAAUCAACAACAAUCCACAAUCUGUGCCACAACAAAAAGCUGCUCGUCCCCGGAACCGGAAGCAGCUACAGCCCCACUUACAGCCCUUCCUACAACCACCAUUAGUUCAACACAAUUUGGCUCCUCCUCUUCAGCAAACUGCCCCGGCUUUUACCUGCAAGCAUUUCUAUGUUAAACCGUUUGACCCCGCAACAACGGCCGAGCAAAUCGCUAAUUACAUCCAAAGCCGUACCGGCUGGAGCUAUGAUAACUUUAACUGUCAACGACUGACUUCUGAGUCUCGUUCAGACUCUCGACCACUAACAUUCGUGUCGUUCAAAGUUACCGUGCCCGAUGUUGUAGCUUUUACCAAUGUUAUUACCAACUCAGCAUUCUGGCCCGACUUUGUUAGCGUCGAUUCGUUCACUUCAAGGCGUCGUUCAUAGCAAUCAAAGCCCUGCUCAGCUCUCGCUUCCGUAACAUCGAAUACCAGACGAGACAUUCUUUCUGUUUACUACCAAAAUCUUGGCGGCCUGAAUAGUUCCUUAGCUGAAUACAAGCUCGCGUGCUCCGAUGCUUCUUAUGACCUUUAUGCCUUUACCGAAACUUGGUUACAGUCUCAUACCCUAUCCAGCCAGCUAUUUGAUGACACUUACGAAGUUUACCGGAAGGAUAGGUCAAGUUCUACUAGUUCGAAAUCCAGCGGGGGCGGUGUUCUUCUUGCUGUACGCAAAGAACUUAAACCACGUGAAAUGAAGGUCCCCGACACCUCCGAAGUCGAACUCGUCUGGGUAAUUCUCCCUUUAACUGAAAAAUCCGUUCACAUUUGCGUCGUUUAUCUUCCACCGGACCGUGUCAACGAUUCUGAGCUUGUCGAGCGUUAUACCCAGUCCCUCUUGUGGGUCGUAUCUAAAUUGAAAGCUAAUGACAGUAUCUGCGUCCUGGGCGACUUUAAUCUCAGCUGCCUCAAAUGGAUUUCCGACAAAGAUGGUUCCCUUUUCGUCGACGUUAGCAGGUCUACCGUUAGCACAGUGACAGCGCGCUUUUUGGACGACCACCAUCUGGCAAAUCUUGCUCAAAUUAGUGAAAUCACAAACGAAAACAACGCUUUGCUUGAUCUUUGUUUUGUCAGCAACGAUGUUACGGAAUAUUACCGAGUUUCCCGCGCGCCUGCACCUCUGGUAAAAGAUGUUCGGCAUCAUCCUCCGUUGCACCUGAGUAUUUUCGAUAGCGCUCCCUGUAAGUUCGCCGAUAGUAAGACUGCUGUAUACUACAACUUCAAAAAAGCUGACUACAUUGGAAUGAACACCUUCCUGAACAACAUGAAUUGGGAGGAACUGCUUGCAUCACGGAAUGUCCAUUCUGCUGCGGAGGUUUUUUCUCACGUUCUAUUGUACGCUAUUGAUCAGUUCGUCCCCAAGAAGUGUCGGAAACCACCUGUCACUCCGGAAUGGUCCACUCCUGCUCUCAAACGACUAAAAUCCUCCAAACGUUCUGCGUUGAAAUGCUUCUCGAAGUGCCAUUCUAGCUUCUACCGUCUCCAGGUCAACAACAUAAACAAUCGGUACAAGCACCUUAACAAGAAAUUGUUUCUCGCGCAUCAGAUUAGAGUUCAAAAACACCUGAAGAAAAAUCCUAAAGGGUUUUGGAACUACGUGAAAAAACAGCGGUGUGAGUCCGGCCUUCCUAAUUCCAUGGUUCGUGACGGCGUCGAUGCAACAAACACGAGAGAAAUUUGUGAUGCGUUCCGUGCCCAAUUCUCUAGCGUGUUCACCCAUAAAAAUCUUUCUGAACAAGAAAUAUCCAACGCUGCGGCUCGAGUUCCAGAAUCGCUACCCAUCCCUUCGAACGUUGUCAUCUCGCACGAAGACUUUAGAACUGCAAGUGCCAAGCUAAAAUGCUCCCACUCCGCCGGACCUGAUGGUAUCCCCUCGGUUGUCUUGAAAAGUUGUUCUAACAGCAUUUGCCUUCCUCUAACAAAAAUCUAUAACAUGUCUCUUAGCUCCGGGGUGUUUCCUGACCGAUGGAAGGAGUCAUUUGUUUUCCCGAUAUUCAAAAAAGGCUGUAAACGAGACAUUUGCAACUACCGCGGAAUUGCAGCCCUCUGUGCAAUGUCUAAACUUUUCGAGGUUAUCGUGCUUAACUUUUUUCUGCAUAACUUUUCUUCGGGCAUUGCUUACGACCAGCACGGAUUUCUCCCCAAACGGUCAACUAACACAAACCUUGUGACUUAUGUUUCCACAAUACAACGAGCAAUCCAAAGUGGGUACCAGGUCGAUGCGGUCUACACCGACCUCUCUGCAGCUUUCGACAAGAUCGAUCAUCGAAUCGCAAUCGCAAAACUUCGACGUAUUGGCUUACACGGGACUUUCAUUGACUGGGUUUACUCCUACCUAACCGGAAGAUCGAUGCAGGUAAAAAUCGCGGAUUGCCUUUCAUCGCCAUUCCUUGUGACAUCCGGGGUACCUCAGGGCAGCCACUUAGGUCCAUUUAUAUUCCUGCUCUAUAUCAACGAUGUCAACUAUCAACUUCGGUGCUCGAAACUUUCUUAUGCUGACGAUUUCAAACUGUUCACUAUCAUCAAGAAACCCUCAGACUGUCGCUUCCUUCAACAGCAAAUCAAAGUUUUCUCCGAUUGGUGCCAGCUGAACCAAAUGGUGUUAAACCCCACUAAAUGUUCAGUUAUAACGUUUUCACGGAAGAGGUCGCCGGUCUGCUUCGACUACACACUAUUUGAAAACUCUUUAAAACGUGAUCGUUGUGUCAAAGAUUUGGGUGUCAUGCUUGACGCAGAACUUUCAUUUAAGGAUCAUGUGGCUUACAUGACUUCUAAGGCAUCCAAACUGCUCGGUAUGAUCUUCAGAAUGACUAAGUACUUUCGAGAUAUUCAAUGUUUAAAAACUUUAUAUUGUUCACUAGUCAGAUCCACCUUGGAAUACGGUUCUAUCGUCUGGGCGCCAUUUUAUGCUAACGAGAUAAAUCGAAUUGAAGCUGUUCAACGCAAAUUCACUCGAUUCGCAUUGCGCUACUCUCCCAAUCAAUCUUUGGAUUAUGCCAGUCGAUGUGAUUUCCUUCAUCUUGAUUUUUUGUCUGUCAGGAGAGAUUUAGCGAAAACCGUGUUUGUUUCUGAUCUGUUGAGAUCCAACAUUGAUUGUCCUUACUUGGUCGGACAACUCAACAUCAACAUUCGCCGGCGAACACUUCGCUCAUUUGCCUUUCUGACCCUACCCUUUGCUCGCACCAAUUAUGCCUUCAAUGAACCAUUCUCCAGCAUGUGCAGAGUCUUCAAUCGGUGCUACUCGUCUUUCGAUUUUAAUUUGUCUCGUCCUGUUCAAAAACUUCAAUUCUUGACGUUUCUCCGAGAAGAAAAUCCCCGACCCCUUAACCCUCUAGUUUAGGUUUACACUUGUAGCUUAUUUAUUUAUUUAUUUAUUUAUUUAUUUAUAUUGUAUGUAAUUUUCGUUAGCUUAAUAGGUUAGUUUAAGUAAUUAUGUAAAAGCCUUUUUGUCAUUUGGACUGUAAAUCUGUUGACAAUAAAAAAAAGAGGUUUUGUGCCUAUUUGAGAAGGACCCAUCGGUUGGCGAUCCACUCAAACGGGCUUUUCCCUCCAAACAAAACAAAACAAAAUCAAUUUCAAUAAUGAUUCAAUAUUUUAUGCAAAUAUUGCUACCUUGGCAAGGCCAACAAAAUUUCACAAAUUUAUAAUUGACUCCGCAUCAUGUAACAAUUUCGUAAGAUGGGAUGUGGUUAGUAAUAUGCGUUUAACUAACAUUGAUUUCAACGAUAGAAUUUCCAUUAGAGGGGUUCAUGGAAUAGCAGAAGAUACAGUAGGAUCUGUAAAUAUGAUUUUAUUGAUAGGAAAUUCAAAAUACGAGGAAAAGUUCUACAUUUUGAAGCAUUUCGCUGAUGAUGUAAUUCUUGGAGCACAUUUUCUAAAGAAAUACACCUUAUAUAUUAGUCAAAGUUUCGACAACAUAGUUUUACGAACGCCUGACACAAAUAAUAUGCAAUAUAAUAAUCAUGAAAUGACCAAUUUAUUUAGAAUCAAUGACAUUGAAAAUAUAAACAAAGUAAAUAGUUAUGACAAUUUUAAUACAAAUUAUGAUGAAAAUAAUGGAAAUAAUUAUGAUAAUGACAAUGGCUGCAAUGGCAGAAUCCAACCGUGCAUUGAAGAGUAUUAUGACGAUCAAAUUGAAAUUGAUGAUGAUAACCAAGAUUACCCAAAAGAGAUGAAUUUAGAAAAUGAUCGGGAUUAUGAUGUGAUUGAAAACAUGAAGCAUGAGAAACUUACAGGCAACGAAAGAAUGAGAAAAAUUUAUGAAUUGGUUAAAACAGACCACUUGAAAGGUGAUAUCAAUCAAGAAAUUAAUAAUAUUUUGAAUGAUUUUAAUGAAAUAUUUUAUUUAGAGCGAGGGGCGCGACAAUAGUAAAAAAAUUAAUUAUUUAAUUAAUUAACUGCCAAAAUUAAUUAAUUAACGAGAAAUUAACGUUUGUUUACGAUCAAAACAUCGCCACCUCUUUUUCCACCACAUUGAUUUGACAGUUUGACAUUGCGAGUGUUGUUGUUGUGUUUGGUGCAAUUUGUUUGGCGCCGAAAAGUCGGUCUUACGGGAAUGUUUUCUCCUGGUGGUGGUCCAUCGUGAGAACAUUCCGGUGGACAUUCCGGCAGCGGAGACUCUAAAUUAUUACAAAAUUGGAGGCAGCGGCGAUCAUCAUCAUCAUCGAUCGCAAGAAUAACUACAACCGAGAUGGUUGCUAACAGUCGCGACGGCGUUUGCAGUAGACACCCGGAUCAGCAGCAGCACCUGCAGUAGGAUUUGUUUCCCCAGGUGAGCGUUUGAUUGCGGCAGGUGAUUGUAUCACUAACUUCGGUGAAACGUGGCAUAAUCCGGCAGGUUUGCUCCUAUUUUUCUGUGUACUUACUCGUUUCAGGAUCAUUUGCCACAAAAUGAGUUUCCGGAAAGUGGUUGUGUCAGCCUUCCCGUCGGCAAACCUUUAACGAUGAUGGUCCCAGAGUUUUCGUGAUUACCGUCAGCCGGAGAACGACUUUGGCAUGAUCACCGGGCCAACGGAGGAUUUGACGGUGGAUACAGGAACGAUGCAAGUGGGUAGACGAUGAAAUGACUGCGACGGAAGAGGUCGAUCUACUCCCAAACUCGCCAACGCGCCGGACGAUGUUCUGUGCUGCCUCCUCCCGAGCCAGGUGUGCAUCUCCCAGUUGCAGUCAGGCGUUUUGCGACAACGGCGUCGAAACGAAAAGUUCAAGUUCCGUCUGGAGAUUCCGACAAUUGAGCUGAAAGCCGCUAACGUUGCCGGUGUGGAUCGUACCCGAUCAGCGAUACGAAAACGUCCACCGAGCCCGAUACGUUCGAGAGUAGAAUUUGGCCAGGCCAUCUCGGAGUUGUAGGUGCAUCCCGGUGGCGAGUCCGAGUUCAACAAGAAGGCCACCUUCAUCUACGUCGCGUUAAAGAGACAAACGUUCCAAAUCAGGCCGGUCCACGAUUUAUGAAUGAAUUUGCUUUGAAAUAUAAACUAAGGUAUAAAAUAGCUUGUAUUUAUUUAUAACAAUGGGCAAAUAAAAAUCACUAUUCAACGCAAGUUCCGAGCGGGGAACACGCAAAAAAGUAAUCGUUCUAGUAAGGUGUGAUCUUGUUCUGCUGCGACAGCUGAAUCACCAGCUGGCACUGCUUGUCACGUUCGCUCGUCAGAUUCGCGUACACUUCGUACUCCACGGAUCGGUUCAGCUUGCCACGAUGGUGCUGCAUCUGUUGCUGGUUCUGGAGCAGGUGCAACGGCGGCAACGGGGGAAUCAUUUUAAACGGUGGAGAAAAGUUCACUGGAAUCGUCGACGGCGGCUGAUGCCAGGAAAUCGUCUACCGAACAGAUGCGCAUCUAAACCGGAUUAGACAACGGGAAGCUUGGCGGAAAACCGACAAAGAAACCACCUAAAACAAACACAAAAUUAAUCAGCAAUCUUCCAACGUUCAAAAUCCCCUCCUUACUUUGCUCCCCGCCUAUGGUGCUGCUGCAAACACCUCCCAUCGCCGGAGGUGGCGUCGGACACUGCGACCUCGGCGGGUCUGGAAUGCUCGGCGUCGUCAACACGAUCAGUUCCAGCUGCAACCUCGCCUCCCUCUGUUACAUUCGGACCAAAUCCUCGUGCACUCCUCCCAGUCGUUCAGCCGAUGCCUCCGCCUCUGCAAUUCUCCAUUGGCUGAGUUUCGAUACCAAAGAUUUAUGGCAACAACCUCAAAUCCCAAGUAUUUCAUAAAAAAAAUCUAGCCCGCGACGUAUCUUCUUUCUAAACCUAAAUCAAAACAAACUUGACAGUUGUGCGAGCGAAAGUGACACGAGGCAAAUCAAGGUUUUCAAAGCAGGUGUGGUGCUGUCAAAUAUCAAAUGACGCGAGAAAUUUAAUUCCUUAAUAUAUUAAACGCGAAAAUUAAUUCAUUAAGGCCAAUGUCACGCCCCUCGAUUUAGAGGGUGUCGAGUUGACUUAUACAAAUUUAACCAUGCACGAUAUAGAGACAACAACUGAAAUUCCAAUUAACAAAAGACAAUAUAGAUUUCCUGAAGCUACCAAGAAACACGUAGAAGAACAAGUGGAAGAAAUGCUAAAAUUAGGGAUAAUACGCCCAAGUAAAAGUCCGUGGAAUGCACCGGUAUUAUGCAUCCCAAAGAAAGACUUAGACGCCGAAGGCAACAAACGCUACAGAAUUGUAGUGGAUUUUCGAGACCUAAAUACAAUUACUAAACCAUUUGUGUACCCUAUACCGCUUAUUAGCGAAAUUUUGGACAGUAUUGGAGAUGCUAGAUAUUUCUCAACUAUUGACUUGAAAUCAGGAUUUUAUCAAAUCCCAAUUAACCCAAAGGAUGCUGCGAAAACCGCUUUUUCAACAUUUCUAGGACAUUAUGAAUUUUUAAGAAUGCCAAUGGGACUGAAAAAUAGUCCAUCAACAUUUCAAAAAUUUACAUUCACACUUAUUUACGAAAUACAACCAGUUAAUGCGUUUGUAUAUUUGGAUGACAUAAUUGUGUUUGGUAGAACUAUCGAAGAACACAAUGAAAAUUUAUAUAAAGUUUUGAAUGCAUUGCAUGAACAUAAUUUAAAAGUUGAACCAUCAAAAUGUAAAAUUUUACACAAAGAAGUCAGAUAUUUGGGUCAUAUUAUUAAUGAAGAAGGUAUUCGACCAACUAGUGAAAAUAUUGAUACAAUCAAAAACAUGAAAAGGCCGCAGACGAUUAAAAAUGUGAGAUCAUUUUUGGGAACUGUUAAUUUUUAUGGAAAAUUUAUUCCAAACAUUGCAGAUAAACGUAAGCCACUUGAUGCAUUAUUAAAGAAAAAUGUGAAAUUUAUUUGGACAGAAGAAUGCGAAAAUGCUUUUGAAGAAUUAAAAAACUAUUUAAUUUCAGAACCAGUUUUAGUUAGACCGAACUACAAUGACAAAUUUGUUUUGACAACUGAUGCUAGCGAUUAUGCUAUCGGAGCAGUUCUUACUAAUGAGAAGUCAAAUGAUCACCCCAUCGCUUACGCAAGUCGUGCGCUUAUCGGGGCUGAGAGAAAUUAUUUUACUAUUGAAAAGGAACUACUUGCUAUUGUUUGGGCAGUAGACCACUUCAAACAUUUUAUUUAUAACCAAGAUUUUAUCGUUUACACAGAUCAUAGACCGUUGGUAGCUCUAUGGCAUUUGAAGGAAACUUCACCAACGUUGACAAAGCUUCGUUUGAAAAUCCAAGGCAUUGGAUGUGAAAUUCGUUACAAGCAAGGAAAGGAAAAUGUGGUUGCAGAUUUUCUCUCACGUUUAAAUAAUGAUGAAGAUCAUGCAGAGGAUAAACAAGCAUCAAAAUUAGUAGCAAUUACAACUCGUCAACAAGCAAAACAAAAUAGACAAAAUAUUUCAGAUAAUCAAAACUCAAUAAAUACUUCAGAUAGACAGAAUUUAUCUAGAAACAAAACUAAUUGGAAUAAUAAUAUGAAUGGACUUCAACAAAUUGACAUAAAUUUAGAUAAUGACGAUGAUAGCAACGAUAAAACAUUUACCUACAAGGAUCUCCAAGAUACAGAUAUCGAUUUUAACGUUUUAAAAUUUUCUAAAAAUAUAAUACCAUUUGAACAAGCCAAAGCUACAUUUAUGAUAUUAAAUAGUGUUACGGUACACAAAGAAUUGAGUAAAUAUAUUGCCCUUCCACAUGGUAUUAAGGAUUACACCAAUGAAAAUAUAUUUGUAUUCCCGCAAGAGAAAAUUUGGGGUUUAAUUUUGAAUGGAACAUAUCGUUCAGCAGUUAAAAAUGAAGAAUUUUUCGAUGGUUUAUUUAAAAGCUUUAAAGAUUAUCCUGAUUUUGCUAAAGAUGCAUCAGUUAUACAAAUUAUUUCUCAUAGAAUAUUUAAAACAGAGUUGGAACUAAACUUAUUACGAUUUUUUGCAAUGAAACUUUCAAAGUCAUUUACACUAUAUGCAACAGAAAAUGAACGAAUUUAUGUAAAGCCAGAAGACAGAGAUCAAGUGCUUAAAGAUUUUCACGACGCACCGUUGAGUGGUCAUGUCGGAGGUAAACGAAUGAUUAAAAGAAUGAGUCCUCUAUUUACAUGGGAAAAUAUGCGAAGAGAUGUUUUGAAUUAUGUAAAGCAAUGUGAUUCUUGUCAAAAGAAUAAAAUAUGGCCAGCAAAUAAGAUGCCAAUGAAAAUUACGACAACAUCGUAUGAACCCUUUGAUAAAAUUUAUAUGGAUGUGGUUAUGUUACCAAUUUCUAAUAAUGGAAACAAUUGUGGUCUUGUGAUACAAGAUGAUUUGACAAGAUUUUUGAUUGUAGCUCCCAUGAAAAACCAAGAAAGUACUACUGUUGCUAGAACUUUUGUCGAAAACUUUGUUUGUAAAUUUGGUGCUCCUAAAGAAGUUGUAACCGAUCGAGGUACAAACUUUGUAAGCAAAUUAUUGCAACACACAUGCAAAAUAUUACACAUUAAAAAGAUUGUAACAAGUGCAUAUCAUCCUCAAGCGAAUUUAGUAGAGAGAUCAAAUAGAGAGUUAAAAAUUUAUUUACGAAAUUUUAUUGGCAAAGAUCCACAAUGUUGGGAUGAAUUGAUACCAUAUUUUAUGUUUGAAUACAAUACUACAGAAAAUUCAUCAACUGGAUAUUCUCCCUAUGAACUUUUGUAUGGAAGAAAAGCUACUAUACCAAGCACAAUUUAUAAAAUCAAUGAUUCAGAUUUAAAUUAUGACGACUAUAUUUGUUCAAUGAAAGAUAUAUUCAAGGAUGCUCAUGAAACCGCUAGAUACAACUUAAUAUUGUCAAAAGAAAAGAGAAAGGAAAUUUAUGACAAAAAGACAAAUGAUUGGGUACCAAUGUGGGGAGAUAGAGUUUUGGUACAAAUGGUACAGACAGGAAUUGGUCAAAAGUUACAGAAUAAGUGGCGAGGCCCUUAUGAUAUCGUUAAAUUUAACAGCGAUCAAACGACCACUAUUAAAAAUGGAAACAAAUUUGAAGAUGUACAUAAUAAUAGACUAAGAAAAUAUAAUGAUUAACAUAACACUUAAUGAUAGUUCACAAUGUACCCGUAUUAACAUACAUUUAACAUAAUUUAAAAUCAAAUGCUCCAAUACAAGAAAAAUAUUUUGAAAUGACAAUUACAGUACAAUUAAAAUAAAGUAAAAAAAUAAGCGAUUUAUGCAAUGAAUGACAUAGUAUCAUAAACGAUUAAUAUCAAAAGACUACAAUGAAUGAAAAUAUUUAUUUUUAACACACGGGAUUAUUUAUGUAUAUUGAACAAAAAAAUAAUAAUAAUAAAAAACUUAUUGAUUUGAUAUGAUUGAUGAGAACUAAAUGAAUCAAACAAAUGUGUUACAAAUACCGAUCUUUUUAUAUAGAAAAAUAAACAUGAAAAAAGAAUAUAUGAUUGAUUUGAUAUGAUAAAUGAAUUGAUGUUGAGUUGAACAAAAUAUGAAUGAUAAUUAUCAAAAAAAAAAAUGCGCAAACAAGAAUGUUAUGAAUUGGGGAUGAAAGAUAAUUUUUAUAAAUGAUUGAAUUGAUGGGUUUUAAACAAGAAACAGAAUAAGAAAAAUACCAGUACUGAGUACAUUUUUUUUGAAAAACACGUGAAGCGAUUAUGAUCAAAUAUAAACCUAAUAAUGAAGCAGUGAUGAAACACGUUAAAACAAUUAAGAAGCUGAUGGGUUGCAAUUUUGGGAACAUACUUAAUUGAGCUAAAAUGGGUUAACAGGGUAUUAGAAAAACAAUGACGCAAUUUUUAACUACAAAUAAAAACUAAUGCAGCGACCUCAAAUUUAAAUCAUUAAAUUUGUCCAUUUUCGAACCUCACCACAUUUCUGACCAUGCGCGCUUACGCAAGCAUAAAUAAUUUUACCCGUCGACUCGCGUUGCGCGACAAAUAAUUAAGCUUAUGUACAGGUGUGGAUCAUGAGUCAUCCUCACCUGAAAAGCCCUUUAUUAAAUUUCGCCAAUUGUUAGGCAAUCAAAAAAAUGGUUAAGCUUUCAAUUAUGAAUGUGCGAUGUUAUUACACAGGGGAAAUUGAGGGUGUGGCUUAAACAAAUUCAUUGGCAUGUUUGUUCAAUGAAGAAUUCGACCUUCUCAUUAUUGACUUACAUUUUGAGAAUGUUUGAGGAACAUAAUUUUGAUAUUCCAAUAACAUAAUUUAAAGUUUCACGACAAUGGUUCGAACCCAUGACUUCCGAUUUUGAGGUGUACUCACUACACCAUACGGAAAGUCAUGAAGAAUUGCAGAGGUCUGCAUAAUUUAAUUCAUGAGGUUCAUGAUGCUUCUCAUCGAAACGGACCACUUUUAGUAGAACAAAAUUUAGUAGAGUUUUCGGGGACUGACUAUAAAAACCCCAAAAUUCUUGAGGAGGGCAGUUAGUUGCAGUUAGUUCCAGUUCUUGUUCCAGUCCAGUUCCAGUUCCAGAAGACGCCCCAGACCAGCCAGACCCGCCAGCAGCCACCAGUAGCAGAGGCCCCAGUCCAGCCGGACUUAGCGGUGGAGGCCGCAGUCCGCCGGGACUUAGCCGCUGUGAAGAGUCCGCCGGGACUUAGCCGCUGUGAAGAGUCCGCCGGGACUUAGCCGCUGUGAAGAGUCCGCCGGGACUUAGCCGCUGUGAAGAGUCCACCCGGGACUUAGGAGUUCGGGGUCUGGCAUGGCUCGGCGAAGAGGUCUGGAGGACAAGUCUGGCUUCAAGAGAGAGAAGAAUUGGCUCGACAAAGGCCCUAAUGAAAUUAGCAACAAAAGGUUGAGUGAUGUGAUCGUGCGCGUAAAAGUUGAGAGUGUUACCGCAAAAAAAUGUAAUCUUUUAAAAAAAGUGUAAUAUACAAACAAGUGAAGUUUA